AUGGCUUCACUAUAUGAAGAUGAUAUUUCUUGUCCCGUGUGUCAUGAAAUCUUCAAGGCUCCUGUUCUUUUAUCAUGUAGUCACAGUUUCUGUAAAGAGUGUCUUCAACAGUUCUGGAGAAUCAAGGAAACUCAGGAGUGUCCUGUCUGCAGAAGAAUAUCUUCUCAUGCUGAUCCUCCAUGUAAUCUUGUGUUAAAGAACUUGUGUGAGUCGUUCCGGAAGGAGAGAAAUGAGAGGAGUUCAUCAGGAUCUGAGGAGAUCUGCAGUUUACACAGUGAGAAACUCAAACUCUUCUGUCUGGAGGACAAACAGCCGGUGUGUGUAGAGUGCUUUAUUUCACAGAAACACGUCAAUCACACAGUCAGGCCCAUCAGUGAAGUUGUUCCAUCAUAUAAGGAGGAACUCAAUACAGCACUGAAAUCAUUACAAGAGAAACUUCAACAUAAUGAAACAAUGAAAGGAGAGUUUGAGGAAACAGUUCAACACAUCAAGUCUCAAGCUGAGCACACGGAGGGUCAGAUUAAACAGCAAUUUGAGAAGCUUCAUCAGUUUCUCAGAGAUGAAGAAGAAGCUACAAUCACUGCA